AUGGUAGAUGAAGAAUUACAUUUUAAAACUAUUUUGAGGAGGAAGAAUGCUGCAAAAGCCAGAAUUUAUAGAAAGAGUGUUAUUGAUGACAAGAAAUCUAAGAGGUUGAAAACUGCUCAAAAAGAAAACGGUACAUUUGAUAAAAGAUGCGGCAAUGACUCAACAGCUUUGAGGAUACCACUAUCAGAACUUUCACCAAACAUACUAAAUGACGGUCGUGGUAUAGCCAACGUUGAAGUAAGUCGUCAACUUCAUUCGUCCUUAAAGACUAAGCCAAGUACCAAUAAUAAUAUCAGAUCAAAAAAGAUAUCAAGCAGAAACAUUACUAAAUUAGGAGUUAACUUAUCUAAGAGGUUUGACAAUACAUUUGCUGCAACAACAUCAAACCAAGAUCCAAUACCAGAAUUGCAACUCAAUGAGCUUUUUGCAUCUGAUAGUGGAGACGGUAAUAUGAAUGAUGAAUCUAACGGUUACAGUUCAGCAACAAAUUCAAGUUUUGAUGAAGAUGAAAUGUCUAAUGGAACAGAUGCUAUGGAAACUUUUGAAAUUACAUCAGGAGGGUAUUAUGAUAUAGGGGAUCCUGUCAUUGAAUGUCAAUAUUGUGGUGCAAAUAUGUGGUCAAAAAGUGGAGUUGAUGUUAAUAUUGUGAGAAAACUAUCUGAAAUGUUAUAUGAACAUAAUGUUCAUGCACAAUCAUUUCGCAUGGCAAGGGACAUACUUUGUGAAGAAGGUGUUUCUGAUUUAAAACUUCGUUUAAUAUCUGAACGAAGAAAUGAUGGAAGGAUAUAUAAUCAACCAACUGUAUCCGAAGUAACUGCUUUAAUUGUUGGAGAUGUCGACACUGCAGAAAAAAGAGACAUUAUAGUGCAAAAACAAUGUGGCGAACUUCAAAGGAUAAAUGAGUAUCAUACCAGUUAUUUAGGAUAUCAGUACCCAUUAUUAUUUCCAUAUGGUGAGGAUGGAUAUAGACCUAAUGUGAGGCACCGUGAUAAAGGGACAAAUAUUCGCCACUUCACAGACAUAACACAGUCAGAACAGAACAAUAAAAAUAUUCCUUGGGAAGAAGCAACAAAGCGAAAUCGACUUACAAUAAGAGAGUGGUUGGCCUUUAGAAUUCAAUCAAGAUCUAAUGAAGCACAAACAUUGUUGCGAUCAAGGAGACUUUAUCAACAAUUUUUGGUAGAUGGUUUUACAAUGAUGGAAUCAGAAAGACUUAGGUGGCUUCGAAAGAAUCAGUCAAAACUGAGGGUUGGCAAGUAUCACAAUUUGAAUGAAUAUAAUUCAAAUGGAGAAACGCACGGGUCAAACACAGGUAAGAGGGUUGUGCUACCUUCUUCAUACGUUGGUAGUAGUAGAUAUAUGGAUCAACUAUACUUUGACGGAAUGGCAAUAUGCAGCUAUGUCGGAUUUCCAGAUCUUUUCAUUACAUUCACAUGUAACCCCAACUGGCCUGAAAUUCAGCGUUCGCUUGGUUCUGUUCAUCUAAAAGCAUCAGAUCGUCCUGACAUCAUUUCAAGAGUCUUUAAAAUGAAAUUUGAUGAGCUUUUGUCUGAUCUCACAAAGAAAAGUCUAUUGGGGAAAGUUCUUGCAUAUAUGUAUACAAUUGAGUUUCAAAAGAGAGGAUUACCACAUGCUCACAUCUUAAUUUUCCUCCAUCCAUCUAACAAAUAUCCAACUCCAAGUGAUAUUGAUCGCAUUAUUUCAGCUAAAAUACCUGACCAAGAUACCAAUGAAGAGUUGUAUAAUUUGGUUAAAACUCACAUGAUUCAUGGCCCGUGUGGAUUUGCAAAUCGAUCUUCACCGUGCAUGAAAGAUGGAAAAUGUUCUAAAUAUUUUCCAAAACAGUUUCAGCCCGAAACAAUUGUUGAUCAAGAUGGGUUUCCGGUAUAUAGAAGAAGGGACAAUGGACAUACAGUUCUUAAGAAUGGAAUUCAAGUCGAUAACCGGAAUGUUGUUCCAUACAAUGCAAAGUUGUUGACAAAGUACCAAGCUCACAUAAACAUGGAAUGGUGCAAUCAAAGUACAUCGAAUAAGUACUUAUUCAAGUACAUCAACAAAGGUUACGACAGAAUCACCGCUGCCAUUGUACCGAAUGAUGAUGGAACUUCCAACCAGCCGCAGAAUAUUGAUGAGAUCAAACAGUAUAUUGAUUGUAGGUACGUUUCUCCGAGUGAAGCAUCUUGGAGGAUAUUCUCCUUUCCAAUCCAUGGUAGAAAACCAGCUGUUGAGAGACUGUACUUUCAUUGUGAAGGUCAAAAUUCGGUAUAUUACACUGAUUUUGAUCGUAUCAAUACAGUUCUGGAAAAACCAAGUGUAACUGAAUCGAUGUUUACAUCAUGGUUCGAAGCAAAUUGCAAGUAUCCUGAAGCACAAAAUUUAACUUACAACAAAUUUGUUUCAAAAUUUGUUUAUGUUAAGAAAAAAAGAGAAUGGAAACCCCGUCAAAAAGUGAAUAACGUAAAAUAUGAUACUUUCCGGGAUGCCUGUUUUGCUAUGGGUUUUAUCGGCGAUGAUAGAGAAUUCAUUGCAGCUAUUAAAGAGGCAAAUCAUUGGGGUUCAGGCAGCAUUAACAAGCCAAGACAUGUAUGGAGUAAAACAUGUCAUCUCUUAGCUGAUGGAAUACUAUAUGCUCAACAGCGAAUUGCAAACAAUAGAGGUUUGAGGUUGUUGGAUGAAGAGAUAAUGAAUUUAACAUUAAUUGAGAUUGAACGAAAUCUUCAAAGGAAGAGCCGAAGUCUAAAGGAAUUUGCUGGAAUGCCUUAUCCAAGUGGAUAUGUGGUUGAGCAGUUGGGAAAUAAGCUCAUAUACGAAGAGCGGAGUUACAAUCCAGCCGAACAAUUGCAAGAAUACAAUAAUUUGUUCUUCAAUCUUACAGUUUUUUGUUUUGAAGCGUUUGAUAAAACCCUUAAAGACAUAAUGGGGCGUUCCAAUUGUUCUGACAAAUUACUCGGAGGGAAAGUAAUUGUAUUUGGUGGAGAUUUUCGGCAAAUAUUACCGGUUGUACCAAGGGGCAGCCGUUCAGAUAUAAUACAUUCUACAAUAAAUUCAUCAUACAUCUGGGAUCAUUGUGUUGUGCUGAAGCUUACAAAGAACAUGCGACUCCAACAAGCCGGCAAUACUUCAAGUACAUCUGAAUUAGAAUUGUUUUCUAAUUGGAUAUUAAAAGUUGGCGAUGGGAAAUUGGAAGAACCUAACGAUGGUUACACGGAUAUUCCUAUUCCAAAUGAUUUCUUAAUUUCUAACUAUGAUGAUCCACUAGAAGCCAUUGUUAGUGAAACAUAUCCGAAUUUUCUUAACAAUUACAGGAAUCCAGAAUUUUUGCAAUCAAGAGCUAUAUUGGCAGGAACAAUUGAAACGAUUGACAUCAUAAAUCAAUACGUUUUGGAAUUCAUACCAGGUGAAGAAAAGGAAUAUUUAAGUUCAGAUUCUGUAGACACUUUUGACGGUGAAGGAAAUGAAGCUUUUGAUGUUUUGACCCCGGAAUUUUUGAAUACACUUACAACUUCCAGUCUACCUAACCACAAGAUUAAAUUGAAGAUUGGGACCCCUAUUAUGUUGCUUCGAAACAUUGAUCAACCUGAAGGUCUCUGCAAUGGAACAAGGCUUAUAGUUACAAGAUUGGCAAACCACGGUAAUGAAUCAUCACUUUCUAAAAGGUUGCGGACAGGUUUUGUAUAA